AUGGGCUGUGAUGGCCAACACAGACACUCAGAGUGCAGGUUCCACAUAGUAGCGCCCAGGGUACUAGAGUCUCUGCAUGAGGGACAUCCGGGAAUAGUCUGGAUGAAGGCACUCAUGAGAAGCUACCUCUGGUGGCCAGGUUUAGAUAAAGAUAUAGAGGUCCAAGUACACAGCUGCUACAUUUGCCAGCAAUCCCGGCCAGAAAUGCUGCAAGCACCCGUCCAUCAAUGGGAAACCACUCAAGCCCCGUUGUCAAGAAUCCACAUCAAUUUUGCAGGCUCCUUUCAGGGACAGCUGUUCCUUAUUGUGGUGGACAGUCACUCUAAGUUGUUAGAGGUCACACCUGUUCCAACUAUGAUUACUGCCAGGACCAUCCAGGAACUGUGCAGGAUCUUUGUCACACACAGGUUACCCAACAUGAUAGUCUUAGACAAUGGGGCUCAAUUUACCGCUUCAGAAUUCCAAUCCUCUUUGAGGGCUAAUAUGAUCAGGCACGCCACAUCAGCCCCCUUUCACCAGGUCUCAAACGGCCAAGCAGAGCACCUGGUCCAGACGACCAAAGACGACCACUUAAAAAGAAUUGUAACCAGCAACUGGCAGCAUAGGCUAGCCGAUUUUUUACUUUGCCAACACACGACUCCCUGCACUUCCACGGGCAGAAGCCCAGCAGAACUCAGAUGGGGCUGUCAUUUAAUAACUAAGCUGGAUUGUCUGCAUCCAGACAGAGUUGCAUCAGAAUCUGCACAGCCAACGCCACCAAGGAGAUUGCAAGUUGGUGACCCGAUUUGGGCUUGGAACUACGGGCAUGGGGCACUUUGGGUGGUAGCUGUGGUUGUUAAGUUGUCAGGGCCACUUUCUUAUGAAGUGGUCCUGGAAGACGGUCAUGUGCUAUGA